AUGCUGUCACCUCGUCACUACAUCGCGGGAGCCUCGAUCCUACUCGUCCUGUCGAGUGCCGCUCUCUACAAUCGCGCAGACCCCGUCACAUGGCUGGCAUCUUCCAAGUCGUCCCCCCCAAUCAUCGGAUCUACCUCCGCCUGGCAUCAUGACCGAGGCUUCUUGGACUACCGGGGCGACGACGAGAUGCAGUCCAAAUACGACGUCAUCGGCAUAGAAGGCGGGUACAAGUGCGACGAAGUUAUACAAGUUGGCAACGGCACGGUCUGCCGAAGCCCUCUGCGGAUCAUGAAAAGCCUGCUGGCGUCUUUGAAAGGGACUGGAGAAGGCGGUAUCGGGACGAUCGACGGAACGGACUCAAACUCCAUCCUAGCGGGCAAGCGGCUUCUCAUCGUUGGCGAUAGCUUGGAUCGCUACUGGAUCGAAAAUCUGGUGGAGAUGACACAUGGCUUUUACGAAAAUGUCAACACCGCUCAGCCCCAGACUCGGGCGGGGCAAGGGCUAGAGGCUCGUGACCUGCGGCACUCAUGCAAAGUCGCCAUCAUACCGGUACGACCUAGCACCUCCCAGUCCGAGGGAGAGUCUAUGCACGCCCAUUAUAUCGACCGCUACACCUCGGAACAUCGUCGGUCGCCGGACCACCUUCGUAUAGACUUUGUCUUUUCACACGGUCUCAUCAACGGGGGUCUGCCGCAUCCUUUCCCAAACGCCACAGCGCUCACCACCGAAGCUCUGGCAGAUCAAGUCGGAGGCGACCUGUCAGACGAGUUUGACGAGGGGUACGACGCCAUAUCGCUCGGUUUUGGCCUAUGGGAUCUGGCGGGAUUCCAGCGUCUCGCGUACCUGAGUGACCUCAAGGACGACCACCCAGGUCUCACGCUGGAGUGGAUCGUGGAGUACGGUGCGGCUUACGCGGGCUAUGUCGAAUACCUGCGCGAGGUCUACGGCCGGGACGUUCCGAUACUCGCUCGACUGCUCCAUGACACCGGUCCAGCAUUCUUUUGGGACAACCACGGCCUCCCGAGCGAAGUCAAAUCGCAAGUCGAGCAGAGCAAUACGUUCAAGCCGCUGCGUCAGGCUCAACUCCGAAACGCUCAGAAACAAUUGGCGGAGAAGCUGGGCUUGCAAGCGCACGCCUUUGCCAAGCGCUUUGAGGGUCAGGGUCUCAACUUCACGGUAGAUGGCAUACAUCCCGGCCGGCCGGCGAACCUGAUUUAUAUGGAGAUGCUGUUCAGGGCGCUGGAGGACGCUCCUGUCCGCAGUACUGGCUCGGUGUCUCUUGUCCUGCCGUUCGGUUCCCCUCUCUCUGCGUUUCGAUCCCCCCUCUCCCUCUCCCCCACCGUACCUCUCCCUCUCCCUCUCCCUCUCCUUCUCCUCCUCCCUCCACUUAAACAUUCACAACGCGGAUCUCAACAGCCUCGGGCAGCCAUCAAUCCCUUCAUCCUCCUCCAACCUACUACCGUACCCUAUCCCAAGCCGAACGUCCACCUCCCCAUUGGGCCAUGA